AUGUCAACAACGCAUAAGGGAACAUGCUCAGCUCAAAUUCAUGAAAGUGGAUGCACCUCUCUCUACCUAGGGAGCAAAGAGGAAGAAUCAAUUGUUGGUCUUGCCGCUGAGACCGACAAUACUGCUCCACCGCAACCAUUGGUCUGGUACAAAGUCAGGGCUUAUGGCCGUGAUGCAUUCUCCGAAUUCUUCGGCACCUUGAUCCUGAUUCUCUUCGGGAAUGGAGCUGUUGCUCAAGUCCUACUUAGCCAUGAUGAGAAGGGGAAUUAUCAAUCGAUAUCUUGGGGUUGGGGACUGGGCGUAAUGCUCGGAAUAUACGUCAGCGGCUCCUCAGGCUCGCAUAUCAACCCAGCCGUCACCUUUGCAAACUGUGUUUUCAGAGGUUUCCCUUGGCGCAAGUUUCCCGUAUACGCUCUCUCCCAGAUCCUCGGCGCCAUGUGCGGCGCUGCAAUUGUAUAUGGGAAUUACAAAUCUGCCAUCGAUGUCUACGAAGGCGGUCCCAAUAUCCGCACCGUCCCUGGAUACUCGACUAUGGCUACUGCGGGGAUAUUCUGUACUUACCCAGCCGACUUCAUGACCAAAACCGGACAAUUCUUCUCAGAGUUCCUGGCGAGUGCCAUCCUAAUGUUCGUGAUCUUUGCACUGAAAGACGAUAACAAUCUCGGUGCAGGCCACCUUACGCCCCUGGCACUAUUCUUUGUAGUAUUCGGUAUCGGUGCGUGCUUUGGCUGGGAAACUGGUUAUGCAAUUAACCUAGCCCGGGACCUCGGUCCCAGACUCAUCUCUUACAUGCUUGGCUACGGGAUUGAGGUGUGGGAAGCGGGCAACUACUAUUUCUGGAUCCCUAUGAUUGCUCCAGUUCUGGGCUGCACAUUCGGCGCCUGGAUAUACGAUCUAUUUCUGUAUACAGGUCUAGACAGCCCGAUCAACACACCCUGGAUGGGAAUCAAACCGUUAUUUGGGCCCUUGCACAGAAAACAAGUAGCCCUUCAAACCCCGGUGUGA